AUGGAAACCAAGGCCAUGGAUACCCCGCAGGGCGACCUGGCCUCGCAACCAGAUGGAACGCCGCCAGUUAGCGAUCAACAGCAACAGCAUCUUCGAAGUCCCAUUAGCAGGAGUCGACGGAGUCGGGAGCGCAGUCGGGUCACGCGCGCCUGUGACCGUUGCAAAAGACGCAAAGUAAGGUGCAGCGGCACGCAUCCCUGUCUGCAGUGCAAUUUGGACAUAAACUCGUGCACAUACAAGGCAUCAUACACGCGCGGGCGCAUGCCCCCAACGCCCAUGAAACUAGAUCUAGACCAACUGGAUGAACAUGAGACACGGGAGUCGGACUCUGCCGAUGUCACUCAAGGAGACGAAGUAAGCGAUGUUGCCGGCCGUGAUACAAUACAGCCUCCCGAGGCAUCUCAUCAGGUCACAUCGUCGCACGUGUCGCCGGAACCAUCACAAACUGAUCUUCAGGGCCACUAUAUUGGCCCGGCAUCCGGCGUGUCCUUUUUAUUGCGCGUUCAGAAGCGCUUACACCAGACCGUGACCUUUUCUCAAGCCUCGUCCAUUUUCACCUUUGGCGAUGCGCCACUCCCGGACCCCGAUCCGGCGUCUUGUCUGCUCAUGUCCCGCGAUGAGGGCCAGAAACUCCUAGAGCGGUAUUUUGAUUUUGCAGCCGCAACUUACCGAUUCUACCAUCGUCCCACCGUGGAGCAAUGGCUUGAUGAAUUCUUCACGACCAAGGGCGCCAUGCGCGACCCAGAAGAGGCCUUUGCCCGGAAAGCGGUUCUGUUCAUGGUCUUUGCCCAGGCUCAAGUUUACAUGCCCGGACCUUCAUCCCAAGAGGACAGCGCGCGGUACUUUAUCGCGGCCGAGCAGCAGUUGGCCAAGGAGAGGGGCUCCAUCCGCCUCACGAGCGUCCAGGCCCGGCUCGCGCAGUGCUUUUACCUGCUUGGGCGGUCGCGCAUCAAUCACUGCUGGAGUCUGUUUGGUACAACGGCGCAUCUCGUCCUCGCAAUAGGUCUGAACCGGAAUCGUCGGGGUUUUGCGACGGCCGAGUUCGAUCGUGUUACCACUGAAUGUCGCCGCCGAACCUUUUGGUGUGCUUAUUGUCUCGAUUGCUAUCUCAGCGCCGCGCUGGGCCGCCCCCGGACAUUUCACGAGGACGAUAUUGAUCAAGAACUUCCUUCCAAUAUCGAAGACUCGGAUCUCGGUGAACAAGUCGGCGCCUCCAAGCACCCUAGGUCAGAGCAAUCCCUCAUGCUUGCACCAGUGGCCCAUGUAAGGUUAGCUAGGAUUAUAAGCGGGGUUCUUCGUGACCUUUACUCAAUCAAACCAAUAUCGGCAUCCAAGCGUCUCACUCUGGCGACCAAACACACGGCUGCACUCAAGGACUGGCGCAAGGAGAUAGCCUACUUUCUCGACGUCAACGGUCUGAGCGCCUCAUUCAUGAAGCCCAUUUACCAGCGCCAGAUUAACGUCUUGAACUUUGCUUACUGGCAUGCCAUGAUUUUGACUAACCGCCCCUUUUUGCUCAGCAACUUUGCGCGGCUACAACAGGCACCAUUGUCCUCGGACGCAGCCAAGAAAGCCCGCACGAGUCCUGGCGUGCAAGAGUGCCUGCACGCCGCCAUGAGUAUCGUCGAAACUGUGAAUAGGUUGUUCCAGGCCGACCAGCUAUUCCGAGGAUACUGGUUUACGCUAUAUUUUGCCUUCUCAGCAGUCGUGGUUCUAUAUGUCUACGCCAUCCAGCAAAAGGCCAGCCCAAUCGAAACCUAUCGCGCCUACCUCGAGGCAGCGGGCACGUGUCAAGGCCAAAUCUUUGCCAUGGCCGAACAAGGCUCCCUUACGCAGCGGUAUAGUCUCGUGCUUGAGGAGCUUCGGGCCGAGGCCCUGAGGCAUACUGUCGGCAGCGGCAGUGGACCGAAGGCAGUAUCAGUCGAUCAGCAACAACCGCCCGUGACAACGGCACUUGAUGGCAGCGGCAAUACUGCUGCGGUGCCAGUGACUAGUGCACCAAGUGGCAUGCAAGAUAUGUCUUUCCAGGAGCUGGGCUUGAUUCUCAAUGGGGAUAUGAACUGGGAAGUGAGUCCCAGUAGCUCAGUGGCGGAUGGCACAGGCUGGGGCCACUUUGACUCUUUGACUCAGAACUAG